UUUCCGGCUGUGGGACAUUGUUUAUAAACAAUUAUAAACAAAAAAAAACUCUGGAUCUAUUACAUGAUUACCACAGUGUAACCUCUUUGAUCUGUGCAUGAUUAUUGCUCCAUGAACAGAAAUAGGUUAGGAGGCGCGGGACUGCAAAAUUGAAAUAAGGUUAUGACUAGAUAUAUUCAAUCUAUUAGAAAAGUGAUUCUAUAGUAAGUAAUUUUCUGAGCAAUGACCUUCAAUACUACAGCCCUAUUUACGUAAUUUAUUGAAUUAAACAUGGAGGUUUGUCGACUUUGCUUGCUGUUCUCGGAAAGUAAUAGUUAUUCCAAGUUGACAGACCCUUAUAAGUGCAUUGUUAACAGCUUAAUACCGGAAGUGAAUCUUGACAUAACGAUAAAUCCGUCUAUUUGCCAUCAAUGCUCACAUUUGGUGAAUAAACUGCAUGAAUUCAAGUUGGCUUGCUUCGAAUGUCAACAGCAACGGAAGAAACAGCUCUCCAAACCAGGGUGCUGUCAGACUUGUUUGAAAUCCAUCGAAAAGCAAUUUAUUGAAGAUCCCCCUGAUCUUAAGAGUAUUUUAAAGUUUUGUUUGCCGGAAAUGGACUUGCACUUUAUUCCAGAUCCAAUUGUGUGCAGAAAAUGUUUGGUGCGUCUGCAACGGUUGCAACAGCUUAAAGCCUCGUAUUUGACUGUAGAAGAAAAGCUCAACAGUUUUGUGGUAGACGCAAAAAGACCCGUGGAUUUACGCAAGCUGGUACAUGGUAUUCCAGAUGGUAAAUUGGAGUUGCUCGAUGCCAACACUUACGUUGAUGAAAGGUGGCGUUGUAAACGUUGGACUGUCCCUUGUGUAGCAGCUCUGAAAACAUACGGCUUCUGUCAAUAUUGACAACCGUCUACUCGUCUUUAUCUAUGUUGACAACCAUCCUGACACAUUGAAGGGUUGCGAAAAUAUGGCGAAAAUGUUGUGAUAUUGCUUGAAAAAACCCUUCUUUUAUUGUCACAUUGGAACUACCGAUUGAUUAAAACUCUCACCACUAUGGCAUCACAAGAGGAAAAGGAACUGUUGAAAAGCGAAAUCGAAAGACUGAUCCGGGAACUUGACCAGGCCAGCAGCGAAAAGGUCCAAUCUGCCCAGUUUGGGUUAGUGCUGUUGGAGGAAAAGAAGGAAUUGCAGCAGAAAUGCGAAGAAUUCGAGUCACUGUACGAGAACACCAAGCACGACUUACAGAUAACUAAAGAAGCCCUAGCAAAGUUCCAAUCUAGUCAUAAAGUGACCACCAAAACUGGCAUUGAAACUGAAGAAUCUCUUAUCAACGAGUCGGCCGCUAGGGAAACAUCCCUUUAUUCCCAAAUCAUUGACUUGGAGAAUGAUAAUAAGCAGUUGCGACAUGAACUGGACAGAGUCACUGCUGAAAGGGACCGCAUGCUCCAAGAAAACAAUGACAUGGGCAAGGACAAGGAGGAUCGAAGCAUGGAGUGCAAACGACUUAGAACUGAGCUCAGGGAAGUGAAGUUCAGGGAGAACAGGCUUAUUUUGGACUACUCAGAGCUGGAGGAAGAGAACAUUGCAUUGCAGAAACAAGUUUCAUCUCUUAGAAGCGCCCAGGUUGAAUAUGAAAGCCUCAAACAUGAAAUCAGGAGACUGCACGAGGAAAUGGAGCUGCUCAAUCUGCAAGUUGAGGAAUUGACAAACUUGAAAAGAAUCGCCGAGAAACAUAUGGAAGAAGCCCUUGAAACACUGCAAAGCGAAAGAGAAGCCAAGUACGCCCUGAAAAAGGAACUGGACCAGCAAAUCAACAGAGAAUCAUUCUACAACAUUAACAACCUGGCUUAUAGUAUACGAGGGAUCACCGAGGAAACUGUUUUGGGCAGUGAUGGCGAGGAAGAAGGUUUAAAGCACAUAGAAGCCAGUUUAUCGAGUGGAACGGGAUCGGAAUUAACAUCACCAGACGAUAAGCACGUCGAUUUGUUUUCAGAGGUUCAUUUGAAUGAACUGAAGAAACUGGAGAAACAGCUUGAAAUGCUGGAAAAGGAGAAAAUCACGCUCACGCAGGGGCUCAGGGAAAAUCAAAGUUUGGUGGAGAAGAGCCAAGGGGAACUGCAAGUGUUUGUCGCCAGGUUGACUCAGCUGGCAGCUCAUGUGGACUCCCUACAACACCUGUCGCAUAAUUACGACAAAGUACUGCAAGCGCCCUCAGAAGAAGCCAGCAAACUGAUUGGACAAUAUCAGCAAUGGUUCAAAAUGUCCAACAAAGAGGUUUAUCAGCUUAAGGAAGAUAUCAAGCAGCUAGAGAAACUGACCAACAUUUCAGACUCUACCUUGACUUUGAGAAGUGAAAUCACUAACUUGAAGAACAAGCUGCUAGACACCGAGCAGAAGCAAAUGGACGUCGAAGGCGACUUUGAUUUGCUAAGAGAAUUUGCCAUGCAAGCAGGCGCUUCUUUGGACGAAUCGCAGAACAACUUGCAAACCGUCACUGAAGAGUUAGCGCAACUGUAUCAUCAUGUUUGUACUGUAAAUGGCCAAACACCCACGCGCGUUGUGUUGGAUCAUGAAAAAGAAGGCAUGACUCCUAUGACUGAAACCGCGCCAAUGAUGAUCGGCGAAAUGAGCAAGUUGGAGCUGCUAAGGAGCCGCCUGAAGAGUGACGUGCCUCUGCACGAUCUGGAAAGUCUGAACGAUGCCGCGACAUUGGCGCGAAAUGUGUGCACUGUUAUGGACCAAAUCAAGCAUCUGCGAGCUGCUAUUGAGAACACAAUUGAAAAGUCCAAGAGGGAGAAAACGAAUGGUUCAUACGAAUCUAAGGAUGAGAACAAUGAAGAAGUCCAGGAGUUGCAAGAGCAAGUGAUCAGACUGAAGAGUUUGCUGUCCACUAAGAGGGAACAAAUUGCCACACUUCGAACCGUCCUUAAGUCUAACAAGAACACCGCUGAAGUGGCGUUGACCAAUCUGAAGAGCAAAUACGAAAAGGAAAAGACCAUCGUGUCGGAAACAAUGAUGAAAUUGAGGAAUGAGCUGCGUCUACUUAAGGAAGAUGCUGCCACGUUCUCCAGUUUGCGUGCAAUGUUUGCGGCUCGGUGCGAAGAAUACGUGACCCAAGUGGAUGAGCUGCAGCAACAGUUAACCGCUGCUGAAGAUGAAAAGAAGACUUUGAACCAGCUGCUCAGAUUGGCCGUGCAACAGAAGCUGUCGCUGACACAGCGACUGGAAGACCUGGAAGUGGCCAGAGAGAUGAGUAACGCCAGAAGACAGAACAACCGCAAUUUCCAAAGAGCUGGCCGGUCGAAUCGGGACAACAUAUUCUAGCCAAAGUCCCGACCUAGACCUGUCCUCUAUGCCAUCGCAGUUAUCACUUCGUUCUUUAAGGUAUAAUUACUAGCGAAGCGAAAAAUGCACACUAAUAACCAAGUGGGUUUUUUCCACUCCAUUGAUUAUAUCCCUGAUAUUUAUAUAGGUGUAGAAAAGUGAUUAGGUCUGAGGCUAGACAACGUUAGACUAAUUUGGUGAUUGGGUUACGUAAGGCUAUCUAUUUUAUUUUCAUCUGAAACACUAGUUUUUGCGAAAUCAGAUUGAUUUUUCAGUCUCUGUCUAUAACUGGAGAUGUGCACGAGAAUGCUCCAAAAUCAAAGGAACUCCAGAUGUAUGGUGACAAGAAUUCAUUUAGCCCUGUAGAUGCAAAAACAUUUAUUUAGUUGUGUAAUCUUGCACUAUCGUGCUCUAAACAUGCAGGGUGUUUAACCAGGUUUGCUAAUUUAUCUGACAUUUUGCCAGCCACUAAUUAAAAGAAAGCAAAGUUGUUCGAAAACGCGAGCUUCACGUAUUAUUGGCUGUAGAAUAAGCAACUAAUUCCAAUUAUUCCCCCUGUAUAAUCAUGAACAUUUGACUUUAAAUUGCGAUGAAUCGAUCAACAACACGACCACUUGUUUCUAAGAAGCCACACAGGGUUUAAAUAAUUUUAUCAUUAUGCAAGUGCAGAGACCAAUAAAUUAAGAUUGCAUAAGGAAAAAAGAAAUAAAACUAAUUGUGAUAUGUAAGAAAAAUUGGUAUUUCGGCCAAACUGAGAACAUCAUAACCAUUUGCUUUAUUCCUAUUUGAAAAACACAUUUUUUUCAAAUAAUCCCUUGGUAAUGUUUUAUAAAUUUUAUUUUAGCAGCUCAGUUGAGCAUUUUGCAAUGUAUGUAUAUCCAAGCCUAGUGAUACGUAGACGUGUUGCAAUAUAUCAUUUUAAUUAAUUAAGACUAUUUAUGAUGAUUUUUAUAUUUAUUCUAUUGAUUGUUAUAAUGAAUGUUUUAACGUUUUGUUUGGUGUAUUGCUGUUGUUCAGUCCAUACGGACUAAACAAUAGCUGGUUUAAGCGUAGUAAAUUAAAAAUAUAAACUGGCUAAACAGCUGUUAAUUUUAGAGUAUGUUUAAGGUAAUUUAGGUCCAACUGGUUCUGAAUAAGCACCAGUUUUUCUUUGCGGCUGAUUUAAACACCAGAAACACUCUCGCUGUAAGAAUCGUUGCAGAUGAAAAUGUGUAUUGAAUAUGCGAGAUUCUUUCAAGCGUCGAGCGCUCUUCUGGAUCGUUUAAUAAGCCACAGCUCAUUUUAACAAUUUUCUUUGGAACACUUUUCAUAAUCUGAUCCAGAGCAAAUGUUCUUGAGCGACAGAUUAUGAAAGUUCAAAGGCCAUACUUUCCGUUGGUUCUGAGUCCAUAGUCAUUUUACCCUUUCUGUCCAUUGGACCACGGAAAUAUUCCCGUCCCUUUUGAAAAAAGAGAAUAACUCAAGUUGAUGAGAUCAGGAGUAAUGCUUGAGAGUUUUAUGAGCCCCUGAUACAGUUGUUGUUAAAAUGUUUGCAUAAAUCUCUCGGCAUUAUCCGCUCCCAUUGGUAACAAAACUCAUGCAUUUGAACGUAAUCAUCCAUCCAUUUAUUUAUGUAAGUAAGUAUUGCAUUUUACUAACUCGCAGCUGGCUGGCAGCUGUGUGAUCUGUGUUUCUCAUAAUAGUUUAUUAGUAUUUAAUAUUGUUAAUUAUUACUUCCACACUCAGCUUAAAAUGUGGUUAAUGUUACUUAAUUGUACCUAAUAUUUUUAAUAAACUUAAUAUUAUCUAAUUA